UGAAUGCUUUGUGGGUCCUCCCUUACACACUACACUAAAACCCCAAUUGCCAUUUGAAUCUCACCUAUUCAUCAUGUCAUCAACUAUCUACUACUACUACUGCUCUUCCUUGUAUUUCUUGAUCAUCUAUUGGAACUUUCAAAAUACAUGGCUUUUCCAGAGUAUCAGAAACAAGGAGAAGGAUCAGCUGGAAGCUCUCCUCUGGUUAAUAGAGAAAAUUCAAUGUCCACAGCCUUUUCGUUCCGGCAUUUUCACUUGAACUUGCUGAUGCUCCUACUUUUAUGCAGCAAUGGUCUCUCCUCAAAUGAUUAUGAUGUUGAAGGUCAUGCUUUAAUAGAGUUGCUGAGGGCUUUGAAAGAUUCCAACAAUAGAAUCAAAGAUUGGAACAUUAAUUUAGUGUCUCCCUGUUUCAGUUGGUCUCAUGUUACAUGCAGAAAUGGAAAUGUCAUAUCCCUGAGCCUAGCUUCUAACGGAUUCUCAGGAACACUUUCACCGUCGAUAACCAAAUUGAAAUUUUUGGUUAGCCUGGAUUUACAAAAUAAUGAUCUAUCUGGUGCCUUACCUGAUUACCUUAGUAGCAUGUCAAAUCUACAAAACUUGAAUCUUGCAAACAAUAGUUUCAAUGGACCUAUUCCACCAGCUUGGGGUCAGCUCAACAAUCUUAAGCAUUUGGACCUGUCCUCCAAUGAUCUGACUGGAGGUAUCCCACUGCAGUUGUUUUCAAUACCAACAUACAAUUUUUCAGGAACUCAUCUUUCUUGUGGCAGUGGUUUUCAGCAGCCCUGUGUUUCUGGUUCCUCUGUCCCAGCAGUUUCCAGCAGAAGACCAAAACUCCAGGUUGUUAUUAUUGGUGCUAGCUGCGGUGCAUUCCUCCUUCUCUUAGUUGGCGCUAUCAUCACAUAUCUAUGCAAUUAUAAGCAUAAACUCAAACAUGAUCAAUUUUUUGAUGUCGAAGGUGACGUUGAGCGAAACAUUUCGUUAGGCCAACUAAGAAGGUUCUCAUGGCGUGAAAUUCAGAUUGCAACAGACAAUUUCAGUGAAAGCAAUAUUAUAGGACAAGGAGGUUUUGGUAAAGUGUACAAGGGCUAUCUUUCGGAUAACACGACAGUGGCAGUGAAAAGACUCACAGAUUACCACAAUCCUGGUGGAGAGGCUGCAUUUCUGAGGGAAGUUCAGUUGAUUAGUGUUGCAGUACAUCGAAAUCUUCUACGUUUGAUCGGGUUCUGUAUAACCUCUUCCGAGAGAAUUCUUGUUUAUCCGUUUAUGCAGAAUCUUAGCGUUGCAUAUCAGUUAAGAGAUUUAAAACCCGGAGAGAAAGCUCUGGAUUGGCCAAUGAGGAGACGAAUAGCAUUUGGAGCAGCCCAUGGUCUUGAGUACCUCCACGAGCAUUGCGACCCUAAGAUCAUUCAUAGAGAUCUAAAGGCAGCAAACAUCCUCCUAGACGAUAACUUUGAGCCCGUUCUUGGAGAUUUCGGACUAGCAAAACUAGUUGAUACGAAACUGACUCAUAUUACAACUCAAGUUCGCGGGACAAUGGGCCACAUUGCCCCUGAAUACUUGUCUACUGGAAAGUCGUCUGAGAAAACGGAUGUCUUCGGAUAUGGCAUCACCCUUUUAGAACUUGUAACGGGGCAACGCGCGAUUGAUUUUUCGCGGCUUGAAGAAGAGGAGGAUGUCUUACUACUGGAUCAUAUCAAGAAACUACUGAGAGAGAAAAGGCUAGGUGACAUUGUGGAUGGAAACAUGAAAACUUAUGAUUCAAAAGAAGUUGAGACAAUCCUUCAAGUUGCAUUGCUUUGCACCCAAAGUUCACCCGAGGAACGUCCGAAAAUGGCAGAAGUGAUUACUAUGCUGAAGGGUGUAGGUUUGGCUGAAAAAUGGGCAGAGUGGGAGCAACUUGAAGAAGUAAGACAUCAACAAUUUUCGCUCAUGUCGCGCCAGUUUAUGUGGGCGGAAGACUCGACGCAUGAUCAAGAAGCUAUACAAUUGUCUCAAGCAAGAUAGAAAAUGCAAGUUGUGAAUAUAACUUCUGCAAUAAUGUGCUUGUUUACUUCGAAGCUCCAGUAUAGCUUUAGCUUUGUUGCUGCUAGGAAUGUGUCAACUAAGUGUAGUUUUUAUCAUAUGCUGUACUAUGGCAUUUUCCUUUGAACCAGGUAUAUAUAGAGAACUCUUACACUAA